AUGUCAGAAGAAGAUCAUAUCACACCUAAAGUCGAAGAGAUUGAAGUGCGUGUCCACGAGGAAAGCGAUGCUAAUCCCGAAGACGCAGAAGCGGUUGACUAUAGUGCAACUCCAGAAGAUCUCCAAGCACACUUUUCAUCGUGUGGAACGAUAAACAGAGUUACGAUCCUUUGCGAUAAAUGGAGCGGGCAUCCUAAAGGAUAUGCCUACGUCGAAUUUGCGGACCCGUCACUAGUUGCAAACGCAAUGGCACUGAAUGAAACUUUAUUACGUGGACGUCCGAUCAAGGUGACAUCAAAACGGACAAAUAUUCCAGGAUUCAAUAGAGGUCGAGGGCGGGGCGGCAGGGCAGGAUGGCGAGGGGCAAGUGGGUUUUAUGGACAUGGGGCUUAUUAUAGUCCUUCUUUUAGAGGGCGUGCAAGGUAA